CUGAAGCCGCCUCGCUUGCUCACCCAACCACCACCACAAAAAAAAUAAACCCAAAUUCGAGGAACCUUCGGGUCCGGACCAAUCGCCUCUCAUUCCUUUUUGACCACGCCAAACCAUUUCGUCGACUCCACCUCCCCCUCAAUCUCUCUCUCACUUGAUCCUUUCUCUCAAAAUUCUCUCUCAACCCCAUCUCAAUCUCAUCCCUUCGCCCGACAUCUCAACUCUCCUCUCGAUUUAGGGUUUCCGAAUCGGUUGAGAAAGGACUCCUCCGAUUCUCACCCGAUUCCUCCUCUUCCUCCAAUCUUCUAACAAUCGACGUCGUAUAUACAGAGAGAGAUUCCAUGGUGCUUGCAGCAGUUGUAGAUGGAGAUGAUCAGCGUUGGCCGCCUGGGUUUCGAUUCCACCCCACAGACGAGGAACUGGUGCUCUACUAUCUCAAGAGGAAGAUCUGUAGGCGGCGCCUGAAGCUCGACAUCAUCGCCGAGACUGACGUCUACAAGUGGGACCCAGAGGACUUGCCUGGGCUAUCUAAAUUGAAAACAGGGGACAGGCUAUGGUUCUUCUUUAGUCCGAGAGAUAGGAAGUAUCCUAACGGAGCAAGGUCAAAUAGGGCAACAAGGCAAGGGUAUUGGAAAGCAACCGGAAAAGACCGGACUAUAACAUGUAAUUCUCGCUCAGUUGGGGUGAAGAAAACACUGGUUUUUUACAAAGGCCGUGCCCCUAGCGGCGAACGCACAGAUUGGGUGAUGCAUGAGUAUACUUUGGAUGAGGAGGAGCUCAAAAGGUGCUCGACUGCACAGGAUUAUUAUGCCCUCUAUAAGGUGUACAAAAAGAGCGGACCUGGACCAAAAAAUGGUGAGCAAUACGGAGCUCCUUUCAGAGAAGAAGAGUGGGCUGAUGAUGAGAACACGAAUUCUAUUAAUGGCUGUGCUGACAUAGAGAAGUCUGCAUAUCAGGUUAAUGAUAUUGGUGCGGUUGCGGAUACAAGAACCAAUGGUCAAGUGCAGCAGUAUCAAUUUAACGACCUUGAAGAGUUCAUGAACCGACUUGCAGCAGACGAAACACUUGCUGUAGAUUAUGGGUAUGGACUGCAAGAAGGGUUCGACGAGGAGGAAAAUUUAAGUACUUUGGUGGAUCAAUCUUUAACGGAAACCAAUUUGCAUGAAAAUAGGCAAAAUGAUGCACAGCCUAACUUUGAAUUGAUUCAGUCAGCUGCCUCACAUUGGCAACAUUAUGAGAUAUCUGAGGUCACUUCUGCUCCGGUUAUUUAUAGACAAGAAUCUCAUGAAAGCGAGCUUGACGAUUUUCUUGAAAUAGAUGAUCUCAUUGGCCCUGGACUUCCCACUGUUCCAAAUACCGAGAGCAACCCACUUUUUGAGAACCUGCAUUUUGAAGAUAUUGAUGGGUUGAGUGAGCUAGAUCUGUACCAGGAUGCAGCUAUGUUUCUGCGCGAUAUGGGUCCCAUAAAUUCAGAACCACCACACCCUCACUCAUAUUUCAACAACGAGACGGUUAACCAGUUGGGUUACCAGUUUCAACAGCAUUCAAGUGAUGGAAGUCAGAUCACUAGUCAAGUGUGGAUGCAUGAUCAACGCAGCAUUGUUACACCUGCAGAAUACAAUCAGGAGUUUAUUCCUCCCCCAACUCCAGGUGUGGUAUGUGAUGGUAGUUCAAAUCUUCCCGUGGUAGUAAAUCAAAAUCAAAGUGGCCAAGAGGACAAUGGUGGAGACUCGUGGUUCUCUUCUGCUUUAUGGGCCUUUGUGGAGUCUAUACCAACAACUCCUGCAUCGGCUUCCGAGAGUGCCGCUUUGGUGAAUAAGGCUUUUGAACGGAUGUCUAGCUUCAGUAGGAUUGGUGUUGGAGCGAGAAUAAGUGCUGGAGAGACAAGAUUGGCUGCAGUUAACCCCACGGCAACUCGACCCAAAUCCAGCAGUAAGUAUAAUAGGGGAUUUUUGCUUUUUGCAGUUCUUGGUAUUGUGUGCGCUAUAUUGUGGGUAUUGUCAGGAACAUCUGUUAAAGUAUUGGGUAGAUAUUUAUCGUCGUGAAUAUGCACAUGAGAACUAUAAGUUUUGCUAUUUUGGUUUCACUCUCAGCUGGAAUCAAUUGGAAACCUCAUUGCCUUUAGAAAUUAAAGGGACUUAACUUUAUUUGCCAGUGGUUAUCAUCCGUUGGAUUUCAUCUUGAGAAUAUGAGCAAGGUCUUUGAAUGGCACACACAUGUUUGUAUCAAACAAUGGGAAGGAAAAGACCUUCCAGAAAAUUUGUAUUAUGUUAGAUAUCUGUUUUUGGUCA